UUGCUCUAACAUCGUCCAGUUUUUGAUGUGGAAAUCUCUUUUUGUCCCUAAAAUUCCCUGAUCUCCGGUCAGUCGACUCCUGUAGGAUAAAGCAAUACGAUCUGCUGCUAACUCCACUCUCUAUUUUUGUGCUUCCUUGUGCUGCCAAGCCCCUGACGUAAUGCUCCGUGUUAAUUAUUAGCAUGUGGGAAGCGAUGCCGAGACUCUCCUCUGCUGUUGCUUCAACAAGAGCUGACUGACUGCGGGGAGAAAAACCUCGUCAAGAUGGCCAAACACACUGACCCAGAGUGAAGGGGCACCGUUUCCCCGUCCAGUCCUGCCCUGUCCUGCGACCAGCACCCAUGCAACUGCGCCUUUAGAUGUUCUCUGAGGAAAAUGCUGUCAAGAAUGAAGCUGGACAGACUCCAUUUGCAGGAGCAAAGUUGAGGAACACUCUGUAAGCCCAUCGUGGCCAGACGGUUGGAGAGCUCCACCAUCUCAAAAGCUUUAAACAGGGAUUCCCUGCCACCAAGCCCAAGAACCAAGAAUGAAUAUGCAACACGUUGGUGCCCCAUAGCAAAUAACAUCUCAAAGGGUUUUUUUUUUUACUGUCAAACUGCAAAGUAAAAGGGGUAAUCAAUUGCAUUUUUGGAUACGUCGGCAUAACGAGGGUCCAUUUAGCUGAGGAAGGAAUCCAAAGGGUCUUGGCCAUCUCUCCCUCUUGCAACAAACCCGAAUUCCUAGUCCUGGUGCCCUGUGCCUGCCCACUAGAUCAUGAUGUUUCGUGACCAGGUGGGAGUCCUCGCCGGCUGGUUUAAGGGGUGGAAUGAGUGCGAACAGACAGUGGCGUUAUUGUCGCUCCUCAAGCGGGUCAGUCGGACCCAAGCACGCUUCCUGCAACUCUGUCUGGAGCAUUCCUUGGCGGACUGCACUGAGUUGCAUGUUCUGGAAAGGGAGGCCAAUAAUCCAGUGGUGAUCAGUCAGUGGCAGAGUGAGCCAAAAGAGCGGGUCAUCUCUCUGGUUCUCACCCAUCUGCCUCUCCUUAAACCAGGCAAUGCCGAGGCCAAAGUAGAGUACAUGAGUCUUCUGCCAAAGAUCUUGGGGCACACCAUCGAACAUGGCCGUCACCUUGAGGAAAGCAGGCAGCUUCUGUCCUACGCCCUCAUCCACCCUGCAACCUCCCUCGAAGACCGGGCGAACCUCGCCCUUUGGCUCAACCACCUUGAAGAACGAGCAGCUGCACGAGUAGCUGGAGACUCCCUGGAGCGAGCGCCUUCAUCUCACCACGGGCAACCUCCUCAUCUUUACCCCCAUCAUCAACGCUAUGGCUCAGAUGACCGCCUCAAUGGCUGGCAGAGCUCAAGAGACUCUGGACUUGGAAGUUGGCAGCAGCAGCAACAGAGCUGCGAAAACGGGCACCUCUCACUGUACCCAUCAUCUUCUGUGCCCUCUACAAUCAACGCUGUGGGUACAAGCAGCGGGACCAACACAAUUCUGCCGGGUGGGCAGCACAGUCCUCUGAGGCGUUCAGUGUCUCUGACCCCUCCGAUGAGUGGUGGAUCAAACCAGCCUCUGGGGCACGGCUGGCUGUCUCAGGAGGACCUGCGUCCCCGUGGGCCAGCCCCCGACCACGCCCCUCUCUCUCCUCAGAGUAGCGUUGCAUCCUCGGGCAGUGGAGGCAGCGAGCACCUGGAGGAGCACGCCGCUCUCCGUAGUACAUUCCAUGAGGAGGGCAGUGGAAUGAGAGAUGUGCCAGGGUGGCUGAAGAGUCUUCGUCUCCACAAGUACGCGGGGCUCUUCUCCACUAUGACCUACGACGAGAUGAUGUCACUGACAGAGCAUCAGUUGGAAGCGCAGCAAGUUACCAAAGGGGCACGGCACAAGAUCAUCAUCAGUAUACAGAAGUUGAAAGACAGGCAGAACAUGCUGCGCUGUUUAGAAAAGGACAUUCUGGAGGGAGGGAAUCUACGUGCCCCUUUACAGGAGCUCCACCAGAUAAUUCAGUCCCCCAUUAAGGCAUGCAGCACGGAGGAGUCGUCACAGCGCCACAUGCUGAGUGCAGAGGGGAAGAGCAGCAUUGCCAGCUCCAACUUGGGCGGAGGAGAGACAGAGGGCAGCUCCACGGUCAUAGCCGAGGGAGACAUCCCUGCUCAGUUCACUCGCGUCAUGGGCAAAGUUUGCACACAGCUCCUUGUCUCCGGGUCAGAUGAGGAGAACAUUAGUUCCUACCUACAGCUUAUUGAUAAGUCAUUAAUCCAUGAGGCCUUCACAGAGACGCAGAAGAAGAGGUUGUUGUCAUGGAAACAGCAGGUGCAGGUGCAGUUCCGGUCAAUUUCACGCAAAACUCUCCUGGACUUAACAGGUCCCAGACGAAGCAGCCGUUACGGCCAGUCCAACUCCCUUCCUACCACGGGCUGCGUGGGCAGUGGCGUGCCCACCCGGAGGAACCUGCGCCAGUAUCAGAUGCGGAGUUUGCCUGGUGCAAGACUCGGCCUUUUGGGUACCACUGGCCUUUUCCGACCAACCCCCCGAAGUGGCAGCAGCACCCCUACUGGCCUGAAACAGGGACGACAGGGUUUGUGGUUUGCCAACCCAGGGGGCAGUAACAGCAUGCCCAGCCGCACCCACAGCUCAGUUCAGAGGACUCGAUCGCUACCUGUUCACACCAACCCACACACCAUGGCCAUGUUCCAGCAAACAGAUUUACAGGUGCCUGUGACUGAGCCAGACAUCAAUAACCGUUUGGAGUCUCUAUGUCUCAGCAUGACAGAACACGCUCUUGGAGAUGGUGUUGACCGAACUUCAACUAUCUGAAAGAAGAGGGUGCACAAGGAGACGGCAUACCCGGCAGCAGGGGAAAAGGUCAUUGCGAGGUCACAAGCCCCUCUGUCUAUAAACUUCCCCCUCACCUAACCUGCUCACCUACCAUCGCAGCCAACAGGAGAGGUGGUCUUCGGUUUGGGACGUGGUCUACACAGUGCCAAUCAUCAUAUUCGGAAAGGCUUUACACAAGCAAGUUCUGUCACCUCGACUACUUCAGCGCAUUUACAUUCGAUUUUAACACAAAAAGUGGGACAUUUCAAACCUGCACUUCCUUAGAAGAAUGCUGCAAAGGGUCUAUGUGUCGACAGGCCAUUAAGGGGGGUCCGUCAGGAGGUAGCGGUCCUUCCUGGAACAGUUCACAUUGUUCAGUCUAGGACGUCACGUCACAACAUAUCCAAACCAACCAGCACACGAAACCAGAUAACAGACAUAAGGGUUGCAAAUUAGAUGUUUUCUGUUCGUUGCUCAGAGGUUUAAUGAAGUACCUCUGCGUAGAGGCUAAAAUAUUACUUAGUAUGUUGUUUACAUUUACACUUACACUUUACCGUCAAGGAUUUUUUUAGGUGCGAGUGUUGUCAAAAUCCAAGGACGGUGUAAAGCUUUAGAUUCCUAAACUGCUCCAUAGUUUACAAGUGUUUUUGACAUUUUGUUUUCCUAGUUUUUCCUAGACAGAGAUAGAGAGAUGGAUGGUACUCCAAGGAAAGAUAGAGAGGGAAUGUUAGAGAGCGAGAGCAGAGCAGAGACAUGAUUAAAAGGGGAAACAGAAAGUGAUGUAGUCGCUGGAGAUGUGAAGGGAGUGUGGCAUGUCGUAGAUGGAUUCUGACAGAAGGAGCAGGGGUCGAGGGAAAUCAGGAGGUCACAGUUUGUCUCUAGCAUCAGCAGAUAUUUGGGAGAAAUGCCAGCAAAUGCAUGUAGAUGUGUAUGUUGAAGAGCAGCAGGUGAACAUGUAGGUCAGAGAUAUGCAGGCCCAGACGGAAUAUGCAGACUGUUUUGCUUUUGGAGGGAAAUCUGCAGUAUGUAGUCUGUUUUGGAGAAAAUUCCAAACAGCUGUUUUGUUGGGGUCCAAUAAGACCUGGUAAAGUACAGAAAAUAUACAACACCUCCCUUUUUAUUAUGAGCAUGAUCAUUGGCAUAGGCUUGUUUUUUUUUUUACACUUAACACCAGGUUUUUUUCAAAUAUAUUGUAUCUGAAUAGAGCGCCACCUACUGUAUAAAUCAGUGGUGGUACUAUUAUCUACUCUUUUACAGUAGAUAUAAAGUUCAUUUUGAGUAAAAAAAAAAAAAAAAGAUGAUAAUGUUUGAAAUAAAUACAGAUUCAUGGUUUUUAUUCAAAAACAUUUUUAUUUCAGAAUAUAAACGUCUACCUGGUUGAUGAAAAAUUUGCAAAAAAUGCCAUAGACUUCCAUUGAAAAGACAUAUCUUGGGAUCGGGAUGUCAUAGAGACUUUGGAGUUGUCUCUUUUGACUUGGGCCACUAUCUUGCAACCAUUUAGUAAUGCUCUAGCAACCACUUAGCAACGCCCGAGUAAUCAUGCAAAACACCCUGACAUUGCAUAAAUAUAAAAAAGUAUCAUAAAAAUGUAAUACAGUUAUAUUAUGUAAUUAAUAAAGGUUAGUUUUUCAGUGUUUUUAACUCUUAAAAAAUUUCAAAAAUGACCCAAACAUAACGGGAGGGUUAAACAUGGUAAACAAAAACAAAAAAGUACAUUUAUGCAUUUAUCAGCCUUUUUUUCCUCAGAGACGAGCCCCCAACCUUAGCAUCGAGUUGCUGGAACAGAAGAAUACUUAAGUCUUAUUGGACAAAAUAUUUCAGAAACCAGUAUGCAAUGGUUGGGGUACGUGUAGAACUUUGUGAAUGACCAGCAUAGAAAAUCUGUAGAAAUGUUGCAGGUGCAGAUUCCGUGUGGGCCUUUACGGUUUUAUGCUAUCUGUAAAUGCACAGCAGUUAGAGGGAAUGUUGAUAUUUUGUUUAUUCAAUUUUGGGAAUAUUGUAAGUUUCGUGUAAGUUUUCAAAAGGUCUCUGUGAAGUACAUUUAUUUGGGAUAUCUCAACACUUUGUCAGCAGGAUGUAGAUAUUCAAAGAUAUAUGUCAUACCAAAAUAUCCUUGAACAAUAGAGGAGAAAUUCACUGUAACAGAUUUGCAAAACUAACCCACCAGUUAUUAGUGCAGAGCGCCACCUGGAGGUGAAACACUGCACAAUACAGUGGAAUGUCCUCUGCAUGUCCUUUUUUUUUUUUUUUUUAGUAUUGUCUUAAUAUCAGCCAUUAGUUAAUCAUGCCAGGUGUAAAACUAGUUUGUUUACAAUUAAGAACGAGCUCUUUAGUCGGACAAUUUUGAACUCUGACAAGUGAAGAUCUGAUUUUCUGCACGGAAAGGGUCUUGAUUUUAAAUCUAAAAGGGUUUUUGCUAUAAUUAUUUUAAUUUAGGACAUUAAAGUCCUUUUAUGAGGGUGUUAAGUGAUUGUUAGUGUAUCUUUUAUUUAGAUUGUUCCUAUAGUAACUUUGCUUUUCCUGCCCUUGGUGCUGUGAAUCUUUGCUGAAAACCAUCAAAAGUGGAUUUGCAAUAGCGUGCAAUAGACUUUCAUCAGCAACAUGGUGUGAUGCGUAACUGGGGCGGAGGGGGGGAUUGUGCAUCUAAGAAACAGGAAAUGGACUGGCAACCUGGAACUGUGCAAACUGUGCAACUAAUGUACAAGGAAAGCUAUUGACAUAGUGAGCCCACCCCUCCAUUACCCCACAAUUCCCUCAAAAGAUACUCUAUAUCACCACACAGGAGGACUGUAAAACGUAGUUCUUGCCAACACAGUGCAGGGUGUGAAAAAAAAAAAAAACACUCCUGAGCACAGGGUAAAAGGGCACUUUGACACAUCCAUUGAGUGGUGUUUUAUCAUAAGAUGAAAUUCGGAUGUCAAGGCAAAUAAAACACACACACACACACUUACACAUUAAAAGCUGCCUAAAAGAAUGUCUGUCUCAUGCAUGCCACCCAAUAACACUGUUUUAAGUGCUAUGUUGACUAUGCAGUAUAUCGAUUAUGAUUGGUGCCUCCAAACUAGUGCAUGAAAUGCCUUAAAUGGAAUAGUAGCUGGCGUUGCAUUACAAAGCAUGUUAGAAAACUGUUUUAGGGUAGCUAUAAAACCCAUCGUGUGGCAUCUUGUGUAUUUUUACACUUGCAUCUUGUUUAGAGGUGCAUUUGUUUAUGUGUAUGAAAAGCCACUUAUCACUGCCAUUUGAAUGAAAACAAUUAGCAGAUUCAAAUGAUUAUUUAUUCUUUUUUCUAGUGUUGAUGGAGAGGUUAUUGUAUUCAUUUAGAUGUAUUAUUUAAAAUACAUGGGUAUUAACUUUUCUAUGGCUGGUAACCAUAAGUACAUCUCAAAUAACCUAGUUAUUGUUUUGUUUUUUGUUUUGUUUUUUUUGGACUUGUUUUUCCCAAUUUGCUUUCUUUGUUAUGGCAAAAAAAAAAAAAAAAAAAAUGUGCCUGAAAGUCAAAAGACAUCUGUUUCUUGUUAUUAUUAUUUUUUCUUUCUUUCUUGCGAUUACUUAUAAAUGCUUAUAUUUUCUAACCCCCUCCCUAGACGGUGUAUUUUAAGGAAAAUGUGUUUUUUUUACUUUGUCACAAUUCGUUGUAAACAAAGAGCCAGUUUUGUUUGUGAUGUUUUACAUGAUCUGGCUGUGUUUCUGUUGCUGUUUUGAAUUUCUCCAGGUUCACUUGUCUGAUCACCUCAGCUGUUACAUUAAGUUAAAUGCCAAAAUCCAUCCUGCCCCGUUGACGUAACGCGAUCGUAGGUAUCUACGAUGAAUGUUGCACAGCUUGUGAUUGGAUAUUGAAAAAGGAUACGUAUUCAGCUCUGGUUUUCCAAAGGUGGUAGAAGAAAGUAGAUCCAAUAAGGGGUCGUUCAGACCGAAGAUGUUUUUGUGUCCGUCUUUGCUGUGUUUUAAUUUUAAGCAUGCGCUAGACGGAUGUCUUUUUUUUACCAUUAGAAAACUCACGUAGGAGCGAGUCAAGUUAAAGGAAUGUUCCGGGUUCAAUACAAGUUAAGCUCAAUCAACAGCAUUUGUGGCAUAAUAUUGAUUACCACAAAAGUUAAUUUAGUCUUGUCCUCCUUUUCUUAAAAAAUCUGGAUUACCAUCAGUUGCUAACAAUAGAACUGAAUGGGGCAAAUCGGUAAACAUUAUUACGCACUGUUUUAAAAGUAUAGCCACAAGACUUAAACGAUAUGCAUGUUAACAAUAUUUUAAUGUGAUAAAAUCACUUACCUUUUCUGUGUACAAUUAUAUCAAAUUUUACAACUUCGUUGCUAUGACAAUGCAAUGCUGUAAUCCCACAAAAACGACAAUUUAAACUACAGCUCAAAUAACUCGAGUUUUAACAAAUGUAAGGGUUAAAAUGUAAGUGCUUCUAUAAAAUUAUAAGCUUUGUAUUUCUGCAUUUAAACCCUCCGAAAAUUGGCCCCAUUCACUUCCAUUGUAAGUUUUUUUUUUUUUUUUUGGAAGAAGAAGAAAAGGAAUACAUUUUUGUGGUAAUCAACAUUUUGCCACAAAUGCUGUUGAUUGAGCUUAACUUGUAUUGAACCCGGAACAUUCCUUUUAAGCUUUAUUGUGUUUUUGUCCAAAUGUAUUCAACUGCAACCAUGCAGAAAAAAAUAAACGAUGCUGUAACAGUGUUAAUGUAUACAUGCUACUUUGGUAUUCCGAAACGAUAUGGAUUUUAGCGUUGAUGAAGUCUUGAUUGUUCGAUUGUUUUGUAAAAGUUUCUGCACAUUAGCAUAUUGGAAUAUAUCCGAUGCUGAUUGGUUUUAUUUUUUUAUUUCAUUUUUUGUUUUUGUUGUUUUUUUAAACAUGCAUCUAUACUGUAACAAAGUCUCUCUUUUUUCUUUUUUUUUUUUUUUUUUUUGCUAUACUAUGCUCUUUGAUUUAUUUUUAUUUUUUUGUUACUUUUGAGAGCCGAUGUCCUGUAUUGACUGCAGGCCAACGUACAUAUACGUAUAUAUAUAUAAAAUAUAUAUUUUAAAAGAAUCCUAUGUUUAUGACAAAAUCAAAUCAAAUAAAAAGAAGUGAGAUGGAAAAAAAAAUGGUAAUUUAUAUUUUAGAGAUGCAUGCGAGAGGCUGGGAGGUCAUAUCUAGAAUAUCUAGAAUAACAAAUGGCAGUGCCUUUUUUUUUUUUUUUUUGUAUUCAGAAAAAUUCUGUAUUUGUAUUUACCCUAAAUGUAAAUGAAUUUAUAUGGCUCUAAAAUAUAGAGAUAAGCAUUCAUGGUCAAACCCUUUAAAUCAUACAAAGACAUAUGAGCUAUUUGCGAUAUAUUUGGUGUCGAUUAUGUCUAAUAGGAGCGUGCUGGUUGUUCAUGGGAAUCUGUAUGCUUUAGGUACAGUUGAAGUCAGAAGUUUACAUACACCUCAGCCAAAUACAUUUAAACUCAGUUUUUCACAAUUCCUGACAUUUAAUCGUAGAAAACAUUCCCUGUCUUAGGUCAGUUAGGAUCACUACUUUAUUUUAAGAAUGUGAAAUGUCAGAAUAAUUGUAGAGAGAAUGAUUUAUUUCAGCUUUUAUUUCUUUCAUCACAUUCCCAGUGGGUCAGAAGUUUACAUACACUUUGUUAGUAUUUGGUAGCAUUGCCUAUAAAUUGUUUAACUUGGGUCAAACGUUUUGGGUAGCCUUCCACAAGCUUCUCACAAUAAGUUGCUGGAAUUUUGGCCCAUUCCUCCUGACAGAACUGGUGUAACUGAGUCAGGUUUGUAGGCCUCCUUGCUCACACAUGCUUUUUCAGUUCUGCCCACAAAUUUUCUUUCGGAUUGAGGUCAGGGCUUUGUGAUGGCCACUCCAAUAUCUUGACUUUGUUGCCCUUAAGCCAUUUUGCCACAAAUUUGGAGGUAUGCUUGGGGUCAUUGUCCAUUUGGAAGACCCAUUUGCGACUGAGCUUUAACUUCAUGGCUGAUGUCUUGAGAUGUUGCUUCAAUAUAUCCACAUAAUUUUCCUUCCUCAUGAAUCCAUCUAUUUUGUGAAGUGCGCCAGUCCCUCCUACAGUAAAGCACCCCCACAACAUGAUGCUGCCACCCCCAUGCUUCACGGUUGUGAUGGUGUCCUUCGGCUUGCAAGCCUCACCCUUUUUCCUCCAAACAUAACAAUGGUCAUUGUGACCAAAAAGACCAGAGGAAAUGUCACCAAAAAGUAAGAUCUUUGUCCCCAUGUGCACUUGCAAACUGUAGUCUGGCUUUUUUAUGGCAGUUUUGGAGCACUGGCUUCUUCCUUGCUGAUCAGCCUUUCAGGUUAUGUUGAUAUAGGACUCAUUUUACUGUGGAUAUAGAUACUUGUCUACCUGUUUCCUCUAGCAUCUUCACAAGGUCCUUUGCUGUGGUUCUGGGAUUGAUUUGCACUUUUAGCACCAAACUACAUUCAUCUCUUAGAGACAGAAUGCGUCUCUUUCCUGAGCGGUAUGAUGGCUGCGUGGUCCCAUGGUGUUUAUACUUGUGUACUAUUGUUUGUACAGAUGAACAUGGUACCUUCAGGCAUUUGGAAAUUGCUCCUAAGGAUGAACCAGACAUGUGGAGGUCCACAAUUUUGGUUUCUGAGGUCUUGGCUAAUUUCUUUUGAUUUUCCAAUGAUGUCAAGCAAAGAGGCACUGAGUUUGAAGGUAGGCCUUAAAAUACAUCCACAGGUACACCUCCAGUUGACUCCAAUUAGCCAAUUAGCCUAUCAGAAGCUAACUGGCUAAUUUCCUAAAGGCUUGGCAUCAUUUUCUGGAAUUUUCCAAGCUGCUUAAAGGCUAACUUUGUUAACUUAGUGAAUGUAAACUUCUGACCUACUGGAAUUGUGAUAUAGUCAAUUAAAAGUGAAACAAUCUGUCUGUAAACAGUUACUGGAAAAAUUUCUCAUGUCAUGCACAAAGUGGAUAUCCUAAACAACUUGCAAAAACUAUAGUUUGCUGAUAUGAAAACUGUGGAGUGGUUAAAAAAUUUUUUUAGUUUUGUUUUAAUGACUUCAACCUACAUGUAUGUAAACUUCUGACUUCAACUGUAGGUCAGUCCCAGAAAUAAUAUUAUUCAUAGUGGAAAAAAAGAGCAUGCUUGCACUGCUUGUAAAUUAGUAUGUACUUUUAGCAUAUUCAUGUCUCUUUCACACUUUCUGUAAAAAUGAUCUGAGAGCCAAAAUGGAGAAUAUAAGGAUAUUUUUUAAAUGUGGAUAACCAAUAAAUGGAAUGUUUGUUUUAUAUGGGCUGACUGACUAAAUGUUUUUUUCCGAUUGACUAAAUGUUUUAAACAAAUGUAACUAGAUACAAACCAUGUGCACAUACUGUUCAAGUAAAAGUAAGUACUUAAA